AUGGUACGAGCACGGGGAGAGACCUACGAGAUACUUUUUAACCUGGAACGUAAAAAGCAAAGCAAAGCAAACAUCACCAAGAUACGGACAUCCGAAGGAGAAACAACAUGUCCCGAGGACAUCCUGGAAGAAGCUCGCAAAUUCUACCAGAACUUAUAUAGCCCGGAACAGACUGAUGCAGAAAUACAGAAGGAAUUUCUUAACAACUUGACAAAAUCGCUGGACCAUCACCAAUCGAGAAGCUGUGAGGGACCAGUCACCGAAGCAGAACUCUUAAAAGCAGUGAAAAAACUAAACCUGAACAAAACCCCAGGACCAGAUGGCUUAGCAA